CUGCUUUUGCAGCCAUGCUUGGACAUCUAGCCCGCCGGCACAUUUACGGCCGAUGCGUGUUCGCCCUCCAUACACGCACCAUCAACGUGGACAGUUCGACCAAGCUCGGGUUUCCUUGCGCGUACACCGACGAGGAAACGAAAAAAAUUCUCAACACACUCAACGAACAGGAGGUGGAGGAGUUGUACAAAUACAACAUCUCCAAGUACCGAUUGAAAAAGAUUGAAGGAUGGCGCAAAAAGUUUGGUUCCUUUCUCUCGCUGGAGCAGGUGCUCGAGCUGGACGGGUUCGGUGUGACGGUACUGCGCAAAUUCUACGACUCCAUCGUACACGGACCAAAGGAAGAUGCGGCACUAGCACCGAAAGCUAUCAAACGGGACGUUAAAUUCACAACCCCGCUGCUUAACGCUCAGCUGAUACCGAAAAUUGCCAGCUGUGUAUCGCUGCACGUUGGGUUGGAUUACGUGACCUGGGCCUACUUCAAGCUAGCGCAAGAUCAACCGACAGCUCUGGCCGGAUGGAACAGUUACAGCAUCAGCGAUCGUAAGCUGCACCUCAACGAGCUGAUCCGGAACGUGUCCCAAAUCAAUCGUCUCAUUCCGGAAGCGGAUGUGUACGUGGUGGAAAACCCACCCGUCGCACAAGCUUCGGCCAUGGGUUCGGCCGUCCAGACCAACAUUAAUGUGCAACGGUCGCAGCUGAUCGGCAUGUUGAUGCUAAUGCUAGCCAACAGACCUUCGCCGCUCACCGAUGGUAGUGCAAAUCAACCGAUGGAUGGUUCAAUCGGAAGUAACGUUUUCUUCCUGAAGCAAUACCUGUCCGCGAGACUGUUUGGUAUCUUUGUCGGCAACGAACGGGUUUCGUCGGAGGAAGUAAUCCGAUCGAUCAUGGAACGACAGCUCGCACCAAACGAAGAAACGCUCGAAUCGAUCCAAUCCCGUCUAAUCAUACCGUCUGGGUUGAAAAUUAUCUACGAAGAAAACGACAGCGCCGAGCGUGAGUUCCUCGGUCAGUCCCUACUACUUGGGCUUACCUUUUUGCGGCUGUGCAUAUUCAAAUGCGAGGACAGUUUGAAAAUAUUUCGAAGAUAAGAUAA